AUGGUGAGCUAUUUGGUUCAUUGGUGUGGAACGAUGAAUACAGGAAACUGGAGUUUGAUUUUCGCCGACUCGCUUUUUACUGUGUGCGGUUACGGCAUCGCUCGUCUGAGUGGAAGUCACCAUGUCAUGAUACAUUCGAGUGACAUCGAAGGACCACACGGAGUCGCUAAAGGAUUUCAUAGGAACUAUGCCCUGUUGCCACCCAACUUCAUGUCGUAUGCUCAAACUAGCUUUGAUGUGAGUUCUGCAAUACUUUCCUCGAUCAGUAAGAUGUGA